AUAAUUUUUAUAAUCAUAAACACCUGCCUAUUCGCGUCGGGCAGAUACAGACGGUUCUCAGAUUCUUGGAAUAGUAUCGCAUCGUGCUACCGGUUAGGCCAUGCUGUGUUGAUACCGCAAUUUUACACCAAGGAGUGUCCUCGAUACCAUCGCAAUUUACUUUUGUGGCUGAGGUCCAGCCCAGGUUCCAUGCCCAGCCCAGGUGAAAGGAGUUUCUGGUCUUGUGGUGACUUGCCUGGGGAUCUCGUGGAGACGUCGGAAGGCGGAUCAUCUCCAAAGAGCGGCUGCAAGAGUUAUGAACAGACUGGCAACAACCAUGGAUGUAACCUUGAGUGCUGAAUAAUAAUUAAUAAGAACUUUUAUGGCGGGCUUGCUACGUCGUCGCCAGAGGUGGAGUCCGGGUCGGGGACAUGGCCGGUGAAUCCACAACUGGCGAUCAGGAUCCCAAUUUAUCCGACAGCUGCCCAGCACUCGGGAACUUAGCGCCCGCAACGGUGAAAAUGAAGAAUCCAUACAGAGUACAUGAGAAAGCGAUUAAUCCAGAUAACUAAACUAUUCCUUCACUGCAAAAUCGCCUUGAUCUCAGCGGAUGGGGAUUACAUGCAUGGAUGCAGGGAAAGUAAUACAUUGGAAAAGAAAAUGUCCUUUCUCAACCGUGGAACCUACUAGAUUGCCAGCAUGUUGUUGACAAAUGCUGUGGCUUCAUAUGAGCGAGAGUCUGCUUCGCCCUGCAGCAGAACUCCGUACGAAGCUUUAUUAACUACGGAGUACUAAUCAUGCCUUUGCGCACCCACACCUGAUGUUGGGUUGUGCCACACUGUAAUGAUAAAAACAGUGUAAUGAUAAAAAUGAAAGUAUGUAUCUGUUUUUCAGAUUUGAGAAAAAGAUAU